AUGGCGGCGCAGGCGCGGCGCUGACCACACUGACCAUAGAGUCCGGGAGCUAGAGGAGCCCGCGGUGGACCGCGGCGGAGACCCACGCCCCGGGCUAGCCGGCCCGGGAAGGAAGUCGAUGGUGAGGCCGGCGCUCGGCGGCUCCUGCGCCUGCGCGAAGAUGGUGGAGGAGCGGGUCCGCGUGGUUCGCUGCGGCGGCAGCCGGCUGAACUUCAGGAGAGCCGUGUUCUCGGCGGACUCUAAGUAUAUCUUCUGUGUCUCCGGAGACUUCAUUAAGGUUUAUAGCAGUACCACCGAAGAGUGUGUGCACGUUCUACAUGGGCACAAAAACCUGGUGUCAGGAAUUCUCCUCAACCCCAACAACCAUUUGCAGGUGCCAGUCUGGGAUGGAACGUGCUAGCAUUGGUCUUACUGU